AAAAAAAAAAACUUAACAAAAAGUCGAGGCUGCAAGUAAAUGGCGUCUCAAGUUGUUUUUUAUUCGACAUCAAUGUGUUUCUAAUCAUACUGUGUCAUUUAAAAUGUUGUCGUGUCAGUAGUCUUAAUUUAUCAGCUGCCGUUGAUGUUUCAUUGACGAUUAGCGGUUAAAUAGUCGACGUUUCACCUUUUCCCGUGAAACAAUGGCGUCGGACGAUUCCAUGGAAUCCCACGUAAAAGUUGGUGAAAAUGGUGAUUUCGUGGACGACACCAGCAAUGUGUGCAGCGACACGGACGCCGGCGAAAGCACCAAGCGUCGUCGGGUGACUCACGAUUACCGAAAACUUUCGAAAUUGGGAUAUGAUCCAAGUGUGCCAACUAAUUCGAAACACGCACCCCCUGUUGAUUCUAAAGGAAAGAAGCGUAAACGUAGUAGCGACUCCAAAGAACUGUGUGUUUGGGGAGAAAACACAAGACCGUCAAAGUACAGCAAAAUAUGGCCCGUGUUCGACUCGGGAGGAUUUGGGGACACGUCGGUCCUAACACUACACAUCGUCAACAAGUCACCACCAGUCAAAAACCCGCUACUCUUCCAACAACACGAAAUGAACAUCAACGAUCCAUACAUAGAUUGGUUCGGAGGCAUAAACGCAUCAUGGAAACAAACACAACUGUCCAAUACCAUACCGCAGGAUGAUCUAACAAAACGCAUAUACUCCUCUGUAUCGAGACAGCUUCGGAUAAUAAACACACACUUCCAAAGGGCAAUGUUCAGAUACAAGUAUCCGAAGGUGACACGAGCAAAUAUUCUCUUAGAAUCUAACUCUAGACGUCUGUCCACACAUUUUAGUAUGUCGUUGAAAGCAAUUAAGUUCCAAUCAACACCGAGAAGGGAGUUGCCGUGCUAUGGAAAUUUGGAGUUGCCGUUGAAAAUUAAACAGGAAAUUAAACAGGAAAACGUUAAUCAACAGUUUUAUCCUGCAAUCAGAAGUGUCAAAAAUGAACAAGAUAAAGUUAGUGAAGUCAAAGUGAAGACGGAAAGGGAUGUUGUGAAGUAUGAAGGUGAUAAAGAGAGGAGUAAGGAUAGAGAACGAGAGAGGGAUAGAUCAUCUCACACCUCGCGCCACUCGUCCUGCCAGCAGUGCAGACGAAGAGCGAGAGUCAAGCGUUGCUCCAUCGGGGUGCAGUGUCGCAGGGAGAAGGAGAAGACUGGCCCCGUGUGGGGCACCGUGGCUCACAGCCUUGACUUUAAGGGGCUCAAGUAUCACAGAUUGAUGCGAGUGGAGACGCAUCCGAACGGCGGCGCUAGUGUGGUCUACUUGUACCAGCACGACAUCGAUAUGCUGAGUCCCACGCAGCAGGAUUCGCUCGCCAAGGAGUUUUUGAAGCUGGUGUUCUCAGAAGACAGCGAGGGUUGGGCCAACUUCGUGUGCGGGGUGGUACGCGGCGCCGCCGGGCGGCUGCCCUGCUUGCUGCAGUACCUGUCCGAGCAGCAUCCCACGCUGACUGUGAAGGCUGGCGUACUGGCACGCGCUUCUGACAUCGAGACCACCACAAUUAGCAGAUACUAUCAGCAGGUGCAACAAUCAUAUGCAGCAGGCACAUUCCGGUGUGGGCCACUGCACCAGAUCUCGCUGGUGGGCACAGUCCACGAAGAAGUUGGUGGUUACUUCCCCGACAUGCUGAACAUGCUGUCUGAGUGUCCGUUCCUUAAUCUGACAAUGCCAUGGGGACCGAUGUCAGCGGUGGAAAUGGACCCGAAGGAGUCAAACGACGGCCCCAUACUGUGGAUCAGACCGGGAGAGCAGUUGGUGCCCACCGCUGAACUGGGGAAAAGCCCUAUCAAGAAGAGGAGAACUGGUAUGAACGAGCUGCGCAACCUGCAGUACUUGCCGCGCUGGAGCGAGGCGCGCGAGUUCCUGUUCGAGGACCGCACGCGCGCGCACGCCGACCACGUGGGCCACGGGCUCGACCGCAUCACCACCGCCGCCGUCGGUGUCCUGAAAGCAAUUCACUGCGGCGACGAGUCUGACCGAGGUAGGAUCACCAAGGAUGUGGUCGCCUUCCACGCUGGUGACUUCAACAAGCUGGUGCAGCUCCUGCAGCUGGACUUGUACGAGCCGCCCAUCUCUCAGUGUGUCACUUGGCUAGAGGAAGCGAAACUGAACCAACUCCGGCGCGAGGGCGUGCGCUACGCGAGACUGCCGCUGUGCUCCGACGACGUGUACUUCUUGCCCAGGAACAUCAUACACCAGUUCAGGACCAUCUCGGCGGUCACUUCUAUAGCAUGGCAUCUAAGGCUGAAGCAGUAUUACCCAUCAUCAGAAGCCUCGUCCCCGGCCGACGAACGGCCUCCACCGGAUCAGAGCCAACCAAUCACAAAUCACACUGAAACUAAAAAAUCGACAAAACACAAGAGUGGCGUCAUAGAAAUGAGAGCACUAAGCGCAAAAUUCAAAGAGAAAUCGGCACUGAAAAUAUCGGAAAGCCGAAAGAGUAUAGAAGUCCAAACUAAAGACAAAACAGACGAAAAGAAAGAGAGGCGCUCAGAAAAACACGACAGGACAGACAAGUCAGACAAACAUAGACACAGAGACGAUAAACACAGAACUGAGAAGUCUGACAGCAGAUCAGAAAAAUUAGAGAUCAAAACAUCAGACAAAGAGAAUAAAUCAGAGAAAAUUGAAAGAACAGACAAAGAAAGACACCUGGACAGCAGGACAGAUAAACCAGAAAGCAAAACCAAUGACAAAAACGACAGAUCAUUAGAAAAAUCUGACAAAACAGAUCGAACAGACAGAUCUGAUGGUAAAUCUGACAAAAAUGACAGUCGAGCAGACAAAUCUGACAGAUCGGACCAUAAAUCCGAAAGCAGAACUGAAAAGGAGAACCGGACAGUGGAGAGAUCCGACAAAAUGGAUCGAUCGUCGGAUAAGCAUGACAGUCAUAGAAGACAUUCAUCAUCCCGUCACAGAUCACACCACAAAUCAGAUCGAUCCAGGGAUCACAAAGAUUACAAAAAGGAUCACAAGGGAUCGGACGAGAAGAAAUACGAGAGACACAGGGAUAAAGAAGUGAAAGAAGUGAAGGAAGUGAGGGAAGUGAAAAGUGUCACCGAGUCGAAAGUGCAAAGUGAAAAGUUACCGCAAGUCAUUCACCAACCACCGGAUUAGAUGUCCGUGUGUUGUGACUCGGUUAUGUGCUUAGUGAGCGGUUAUGAAAGUUUCUUACCUUGGCGGCAGGUAAAAAUAAAUUUAAUACUUCUAUUUUAAGAUGUUAAGUAUUAAUUAACACAAAAAUGUAUACUAAAUUUGCAUGAAAUUUAAAUUUUUAAUUUUUAUAUAUUUUGUUGAUAUUUUUCAAAGACCUCAGUAAAUUUACCUUUAUAUGGGACCAGUUGUAAGACAUAACUUUUCAAUUAAUAAAAGAGUUAUCCAAGUAAAGUUGUGUGAACAAUAACAAAUAUAAUUCAGUUUGUAUAAUAAUUGUAAAAGUUUUACCUUUUACAAUUAUAAUCAACUUUACUUCUAACAAUUAGUUGAUUUUUAACACAUUUUCGAUUAUUUUUAAAUAAAGGUUGCCAUGUUUACUGAUUUAAAAAAAAAAAAAAAGAAAAUCUAUAAUAAAAUUUUUAUAACUAUUUAAUACAGCAAUAAUAUUAUUGUGAUAAUCUAAAGGCAAAUUGAUCUUCCAUAAUUUGAGGAAACCAUGUUGGAACUUAAAAUUUAACCAAAAUUACAUACAUGGGUAUACAUAUAAUUGUAGUACCAAAGUACUAUACAAAUUUGAUCUCUAUUACAACUGUGCAAGGUUCAAAAUGUUUCAAAACUCUCACUAAGCAUCAAAUUGGUACAGUAGGAUAAUUCCCCUUCCCCGUGUAAAUAGUAGGGUAAGAGUCUCCUAGAGGCUACGCGAAGAAUGAUUGAAUGCGCAGUUUUAGAUGACUUUCUUUUCUUUUUUUAGAUUUUUUUCUUUUUUUUUUUAAUUUUUGCCCAACUAUGUUUGUGUAAUUAAACCAGUGAGUUAUACUUAGUUUAUAUCGUAAUUUGCAGUAUUAUGACUAUACUUAUGACAGACAGAAAAUGUAAAUUUCAACCCCUAUUUUGACCCCCUUCUAUUUAUAUUUUCGCAUGUUUUAUAUGUAUAAUAGUCCACUAAUCAUUUAACAAAAAUAUAAAUCGAAACUAGAUUAUAAAUGUAAAAAAGAAAUUCAAAACCUUUUUAACCCUUAAAAGUAUUAAAAUAAUUAUGUGUAUGAUGUUUAUAAUUUUGUUAAAACAUAAUUAUAAAACGCUAUUUUUGUGACUUAGCUGUUAAUUUCAGUAAUUAUCUUAAAUAAUAUUAUGUCAUUCGUAUUUCAUUUUUUUUUACAGUCUAAAACUGCGUUCUGAAUGUGAUUGUAAAAGUUUUAACGACGUCGAAGUUUAUAAUUAAAUAAAUAAUAAAUAAAUUUUAAGAGGAAAAUAAUUUAAAAAUAUCUACACAUUUCUAAUGAACGUGCACUAAGAAACGUCUUUACACUAUCCGAUCCGAUAUCGUGUAGUACGUUGAUCCGAUACCGACAUCGGCCGAACCCUUACUAAGUGAAGUGAAUAUAGGAAGUAAGGAUUUUUAUUGAAUUAAACAGAAAAUUGUUACAUUGACGGUGUAUUGGGUAAGGCUAGUAUUAAGGCAACGUAAGAAUGAUUGGGGUUUAAAAGAGUACUAGAAUAUGCAAACUUUAAGAUGAUCCACCCACACAUCAAUACAUGAACAGUUAAAAAUCGCUGCUAAAAAACGCAAUGUACUACUGAAAUCUGCAGACUAGUUGACACUUUUUUUUAACACGUUCGCUGCGGCGCUGAUUUUUCUGUACUUUGCUCUGGUGCGUUACGAGGUUUUUUGACCUCAUACUAAAACUUUAUGUGGUGUGAUGUGAUACGAGGUCCGUCAACCUCGUAUCUCUUGAAGAUGCUAGACUUACGAGGUCAAUUGACCUCGCACCGCAGCGAACGUGUUAAAUGGUCUUAAAUAGUUCAUUAAUGUUAUACUAGACUAUUUUUUUUUUCAUUUUUUUGAGACGUGAUUACAUGAAAAUUUAAGUUUUAAAAUGUGUUUUUGACAAUACGAGCCAAAAUGCCUGUCGUCCAUGACUGUCUAAAUUUCAACUGUUUCAUGACGUCACUAUAAUAAAUCUCAUACAAAUGGAGCAUCUGAUAAAAAUAUUAGUUAACAAUUAGUUCAACGUUUAGAAUAUCAAGUGUGUUAAUGACGUCACAAAAUGGACGAUAGCGAUUUUGACGUUUGGAAAAUUUUAAAAAAUACAUGAUUAUAAAAUUAAGUUUUAUAAGAAAUCCUUAACUUUUAUUAAUCGAUUUCGAUAUAUUUUGGACCCUUAUUCCAUGCACUACACGAAAUUAAUAUUGUUUAGUUGCAUUGCAGUUUUGUAAAAGCAGUGUCUUUAUAACAAAUACCAAAAAACAAAUUCAAUUUAUGUUGGCAAUUCCAGAUACGAUGUCGGAUCAGCGCACGACAUCGAUAUCGUAUCGGAUGGUGUGAAAACGUGUAUAAGAUUAAAAAGAUAUAUUGAAUAGUUUUAGUUAAGGUUAGAAGUAAACAUUUUUUGUGAUUUUUUAAAAAUAAUUAUAAUUAAAUUAUUUAUUAUGUCCCUGUUGAUGUUACACGGCUAUGUGACAGUGCGAAACUGGAGUGUUUCGGAGUUAUUUAUGUAGAGAACGAGAUAUAUUUAAAUAACGAACCUACAAACAUAAUAAUAUUUUCUAUUUUAAUGGGAGCUACUGUGUACUGGUAUAUACAAUUUUCAAGUUAAGUUUACAAAAUUUGCAAAAUUUAUUUGUUUUACAUUUCAUGUUUAAAGAAAAAUAAUUUGAAAAUAAAGUGAAAUUAAUUUAUUGUUUUACGGUAAUGAAACUUUUGGUUAUGAUAUUUAAGUAGUUGGGCAGAACAAUGCAGUUGAUGUGACUAACAGAUUCAUCAUUUUAUAUUUUCACUUUAUUCGUAUUUUGUUUGCAUCUCACUCAUUAUUGAUGUUUGACCUCAGACCAAUCACCUUCACACUUACCUUGCCUCGCUAGACCUUACCUUACCUACCUUACCCCUCUGUCCAAUGUAUACGAUCACAAUCUAACGUAUUUAAAGAAACUACGUUUGUAGCAUCGAUGUUUCAUUGUGUUAAAAUUACACGUGUGUGUAUUACGAUUUAAAUUUACUUUGACUUUGUAUAAACGCGUUAGAUCGUGAUCAUAUACAUUUGACAAAGGGGUAACGUCUAGCGAGGCAGGUCCUAGGGUAAUUGGUCUGAGUGUCACCCGCUCCAUCCUUCGUUGAGCAAACAAUAGGUACUGAAUACCAAACGAAUUAUAAAUAUGAGUUUCAGAUAUUAAUAAGAAUAUGAUAAAAAGGAGAUGGGCCAUUUCAGGUUCACUCUGUUCACUCUUGUACCCCGUAUCAUUGAAUUUUCAAAAAUCUAAUUAAAUCCUAAGUUUUUGAGUUAUUUCAAGAUAGCGCCCUUAAAGCAACUAUGACAUGACAGCAAACGUCAAAUCGACUACUGUAUUGAAAACGUCAUCAGUCUGCUAUUAUUAUCCAUAUUAGUGUUGUAUUUCGUGGGAGAUAAUGAAUAUUAUUUCGAAAGAAUUAUAGUAAAUUCGUAGAUUUGUAUAAUGAAAAAUAAGUAAAAAAAAAUUAUUUUAUUUCCGCCCUGACUGAUCCUGGGCUCCAUACAAUUUUGGACCAUCUCCUUUGUAGUUUAUCCAGUACUUAUUUAUUAUUUUGUUAGUAAAAAAAAUAUGUAUACCAGUUAACAUCCCAUAUAUUUUAAAAGACAAAUAAAAAAAAACACCUCCUUGCAACUCUAAUUGCUUUUUUUAAUCUCUCAACAAAUUUAAUUUAAUUUCAGUUUCAUUUGUUAAUAUGGAAAUCACAACAGUUUUGUUAAUAUAUUAUAAUAAUUAUUAUUAAAUAAAAAUUCUUUGAAAAGUGUUUUAGAUGAUUUUUUUUUCAAAAUUACUGUCCAAUUUUGAAAUAGAGUUUUAAAAUAAAGACCUGCUCAUGAUAUUUAAACAAAAGAAAGGUUUGCUCACGUAUCAGAGGUACUGAGGCAAGCGCAUGUUAAGAUAGAAUGCACUAAAACUCAAAAAAUCGCGAAAAAUGUCAAAACAAAAUGGUGAAAAAAUAUGACAAGAACAAUUAAUAAAUCACCCUGUAGUUUGCUAAGCACGCUGGUCUUCUGUUGCCAGUGAAUAGAAUCAAAGGAGAAAGACCAUUUUUUUUUUACAAUGUACAAAGUAACAAUGUCCAAAUUAGUAUCAUUUAAUAAAUUAAUUUAUGGAUUAAUUUUAUUGAAGUUUGCAAUUAUCUACAUUUUACUAGUAAUAUGCACGGUUUCAAAAACACAGUACAUUUCCAAAAAAAUAUCAAUUAUCAAUUGUAUCUAUUUUUGGUGUUUUUGAUUUAUUAUUAAAUCAAGAUUUUUUUUCGGUGAGAAUUUUUAAAACAAGAGUGAAUAACUUUUACGCAAGUAUUGUUCGCAGUCCUAUCGGAAUAUGCGCUUGCCUUUAUUUUAUAAACUUUUAUAAAAAUUGUAAAACUUUAAAAUCCUAGUUAUACCUUAUUACAUUGGUAAUGUCAGACUUAAUAGGUCUUACAGACUACUUUAGUCUUUUAGUCGAGUAUGAACAAUUUUUGGGCAGUAAAUCCAAAAAUUGUUCGUACUCGACUAAUAUACUAAAGUAGUCCGAACUAGGCCUAACAGUUCUAUUACAAAAUAUACACAUUUGUAAGGCAAAUGGAUGCAUCUAUUUAUUAAUUGUUCCAUAUAACUAAAAGUAUUUGAAGUUAUUUUGUUACUUCUUUCACAUAAACAAGGACAGUGCCUAAUCUAUACUAAUAUAAUAAAGCUGAAGAGUUUGUUUGUUUGUUUGUUUGUUUGAUUGAACGCGCUAAUCUCUGGAACUACUGGUCCGAUUUAAAAAAUUCUUUCAGUGUGAGAUAGCCCAUUUAUCGAGGAAGGCUAUAGGCUAUAUAUUAUCCCUGUAUUUCUACGGGAACGGGAACCACGCGGGUGAAACCGCGCGGCGUCAGCUAGUGUAGAAAUACUCAUAGUUUAAAGGUCGUAUCUCAUUAUAUCCUUGUGUACCUGACCGUUUGAUUCGUGCGCUUAUUAUUCUUUGUACGGAUUUUUAUGAAAAUACCGCGCCACGAAACAAGUCCCCUGGACGCGGCGCUAAUGUCAUUGUUAUUUGGUAAUGGUGGUCUUAUUGUCAUUUGUGUAAGGCGCUAUCAAUUUUAGUUCAGAUUUUAGCCGCGUGACUUUUUCCGUGGCGCGGAGUCUACAUCAACUCCUUACAGCCAGUUUCUUCAUGUAAAGCUAAAGUAACAGUAAAAGUAGUAAGUAGUAAAGAAGACUUUAUUUUUCAGUGAAGUAACUUUUGAUUUAUGACGUUACUUUAACUGUUACUUGCGAUGAAGAAACUGGCCGUUAUUGUCAUAGGGUCAGUGGCAAUGCGGGCGGGGUGCAGAGUGACUUAUGAGCUGCGACCUUUAAAUUUUAAUUUCUCAGAAUGCAAGACAAUGUAACAUGGUGUAAGUACCAGCAAUGGUCUCAGAACUCUCAGAUCAGGCAGACUGUGAUCUAUGUCGUGUUUAAGUUUAGUAUGAAUAAUUUAUUGUUUCACGUUUCCUACAUUUUUUUUUUUUGAAAAUAAUAAAAUAGAUUAUGAUAGAAAAUA